CGCCUGUUUUCUUCUGCUCGCUCCCCUCCCCUCUGACCUCAGCUCUCUCCUCCCAUUUCCCCAUAAUAACGCCGCCCACCUUAGCAACAUCUUCUUCAUAAUUUUGUCCUCCUGCUGCCCGCACAAGUCGCGUGUCCUGCGAGGACUUUCCUCGCACGUCACUCAAAAUGGAAGAUCGCGUUCAGUUUGACAUCAAUGAAUCGCUCAAAUUCUACUUGAGCGAUCCGGCCUCCGUGCCUACGCCCGAUGCCGACCCCGAGCUGCUCGACUGCGAAAUCGAUCCAGACCAAUUGACACAAGUCAAUAUUGAUAACGUUCUUAAUCCGAUCGUGGAUGCUGUCGCCGAGAACCCGGAAGGGCUUACCCGGGGGUCAUUUUAUGAUUCACUGCAAUUUCUGUUGAAAUUUUCUGCCUUCUCCCCCACCCGAAAUCUGAGUAAACUCCUAGAUCUUGUCGUAUCCGGUCUAUCAAUUGAAGCAGAUAUAAUCCAUGGCGAUCUCGAAUCCGAUGAGCAGGACACAAUUCAGCAGCACAAAAGUUUGCUGGAGAUGUAUGGGUUUCUAUUGCAAUGGGCUCUCUCGGCCGUCGAGCUGAAAGCUGCCGAAAAGCCAACGGAGGCUGCUCCCGCUAGGCGAGGCGCAGGCAAACUUACUAAGUCCAAAACUAGUACCAAGGAUGGGAACUGGGACUGGACAACGCAAAUCCAGGCCGCAAUGGAGACUAUGUGUAAAGUGAUGAAACUCAAGCUCGGCAGGAUUUUCCUGACGACCUCGGACCGGGAUACGUUCAUAAAUUUGUUUACUCGCUCUAUCUAUCUGAUUCUCGAGAGUGAGCAACGCGUCAAGAGCAUGAAUAUUCGGAUGCAUGCCUUUAAGGUCCUCUGUAUUGCUGUGAAACACCAUGGACAUGCAUUUGGGGCGCAGACAUCUAUCGUACAAAGCCUGACAUAUUUUGAACACUUAUCCGAGCCUAUGGCAGAAUUUUUGCACAUUCUUGCCGAGCAAUACGACUACCCCCAGCUCUCGGAUGAAAUUUUGAAGGAGCUUGGGAACAAGGAAUUCAACUCCAACGAUACUCGCGGACCCAAGUCGGUGUCCUCUUUUAUCAUCAAGCUCUCAGAGCUGGCACCUCGCUUGAUCAUCAAGCAAAUGACUCUUUUAGCUAAACAGCUAGACAGCGAGUCCUACACCCUCAGAUGCGCAGUGAUUGAAGUUUGCGGUAAUCUUAUAUCCGAACUCAGCCGUCAAGAGGAGAGGGGCGACAAUUACAAAACGCAGAUAAAUGCUUUCUUCGACGUUCUAGAGGAGCGCUUUCUCGACAUUAAUCCUUACUGCCGGUGUCGUGCUAUUCAGGUGUAUAUGAGGAUCUGCGAUCUGGAACAGAAAUUUCCAAAGCGGCGGCAAGCCGUAGCAGAGCUGGCUGCGAGAAGCCUAGAAGACAAAAGCAGCAAUGUAAGACGGAACGCCAUCAAACUGCUUGCAAAGCUGGUAUCAACGCAUCCAUUCAGUGUUAUGCAUGGUGGGCAGCUUUCACUUACGGAGUGGACAGCUCGACUCGAUGGGGUGGACACUGAGCUGAACGCGUUAAGGCCCCCCGAAACACAAGGCUUCGAAGGUGGUGAUGCAUCCCAUGUCGACAGUGCGUUGUUGGAUGACGCAACCCAGUUACCUGAAGAUUCCCCAUCUAAAGCUACGCGUUUGACCGAGGAAGAAAGGGCAGCAGCAAUCAAACAUGCUGCGGAGCAAGCUGCGACGUCGGAAUUACUCACACGCCUCCAACUUACAAGAAAAUACUACAACGAGGCUGUCCGCUUCAUUCAAGUCCUUCAUUCGGCCUCCCCCUUAGUUGCUCAGCUCCUGUCGUCGAGGAACAAGAGUGAGGCCAUUGAAGCUAUGGACUUCUUCGUUGUUCUUGAUGCGUAUAGGAUUGAGACUUCCCGUAGUGGGAUCCGCCGAAUGUUGCGACUUAUUUGGACCAAAGGCAACAGCGACGAAGGCAAGGGAGUUCAAACACAUCUGAUAGACUGCUACAGGGGACUUUUCUUUGAAGCGCCGGACUCAUUCAGCCCUAAUGAUGCCGCGAACUACAUUGCACGCAAUAUGAUCAGUUUGACCUUCGGCUCGACGCCUGCUGAGCUCACUUGCUUAGAACAACUAUUGAGCACGAUGAUGAAGGCGGGCCACAUACCGGAUACCGUCAUCUCAAAGCUCUGGCAAGUCUACGGCGUGCAAAAGAAGGAUAUAUCGAAGACCCAACGUCGAGGUGCCAUCAUUGUUUUGGGUAUGCUGGCCUUGGCGAAACCCGAAAUUGUUAUCAAGGAGCUUGAGACCAUGCUACGAAUAGGCCUUGGAAGCCUUGGAAAAUCCGACCUUGUGCUUGCGAAAUAUACAUGCAUUGCUGUGCGGCGGAUGGUGCCCGGUCGUCAGGCAAAAUCCAAAGAUAUCGGCAUACCGAAGUUGACCAACGAUCAUCCCGUCCUUACGAACCUUGCUGCUAUUAUAGAAAUUGUGUCCAUGAGCAAAGAGUGGUACGGAGUGGCAGAGCAGGCUAUUAGCGCCAUCUAUACAUUAUCGAAACAUCCAGAUGUGCUAUGUUCAGAUAUUUUGAAACGGAAAACUAGAUUUGUCUUCCAGGCUCAUGCUCAUAGGUCUUACUCCAAAUCACCCCCUGAGCCACAAGAACAACAGCCUGAUACCGCUUCGACUGAGAGCCAAGCAGCCGGACGAAAGACAUCUUCCGCCGGUUUGUCACAGUUGCUAUUUGUCGUUGGCCAUAUUGCAAUCAAGCAGAUCGUUCAUCUAGAGUUGUGUGAGCUUGACUUCAAACGCCGUAAGGCAGAGCAAGAAAAGAACAAACCUGCACACCCCUCUAUCCAAGAAGAUUCCAAAGAAGAGGAUAAUGAAUUAGAUCUUAUUGGUGGGACGACUGAAGACGACUUUACAGACGCUAUGGCUCAUAUUCGCGAGAGGGAAUUGCUCUACGGGGACAAUUCGCUGCUUUCGAAUUUCGGCCCUUUGGUUACAGAGAUCUGCGCCAACAGCAACAUUUAUUCUGAUCGAGAUCUUCAAGCAGCAGCGACUCUCUGCAUGGCUAAACUUAUGUGUGUUUCCGCGGAGUAUUGCGAGAAAAAUCUCCCCCUUUUGAUCACAAUCAUGGAGCGGUCCGACGAUCCUAUAGUUCGCAGUAACGUCGUCAUCGCUCUUGGAGACAUGGCAGUCUGUUUCAAUCACCUAAUUGAUGAGAAUACUGAUUUCCUCUACCGACGAUUGAAUGACGACGAUGCCUCCGUGAAGCGCACAUGCCUCAUGACCCUCACUUUUCUGAUACUGGCGGGCCAGGUCAAAGUCAAGGGCCAAUUAGGCGAAAUGGCCAAGUGUCUUGAGGAUGAGGACAAAAGAAUUGCCGAUCUAGCGCGUAUGUUCUUUACGGAACUGGCCACUAAGGAUAAUGCUGUUUAUAACCACUUCGUGGAUAUGUUUAGCCUGCUAAGCGCAGAACGUAGCCUCGAGGAAGCUUCAUUGAAACGCAUUGUCAAGUUCCUAGUCGGAUUCAUAGAAAAGGAGAAACAUGCGCGACAACUUGCUGAGAAACUAGCUGCGAGACUGCCGAGAUGCGAGACUGAACGCCAGUGGAGUGAUGUUGCUUAUGCUUUGUCUCUGCUUUCCCAUAAGAAUGAAGAAAUUACCAAGACAGUGGCUGCAGGCUUCAACAAGGUUGUUACUGCAAAUGCCUGAGCUGAUUGAGCUAUUUCUCGCAGUAAUGCCCCUUCAUUACUCUACCGAAUUGCUUUUCUUUGUGAACCUUAUUGUUCUCACAAAUGUGUACUCUGGUUUGGAUGGAGAUGUGAGAGAUGAAAAUCCCCGAUAUUUGGCCUGGUACUUCGAUAAGGCGUUUCCAGGGCAAUGUUUUCUUUUUCCUUUUUCUUUUUGGCUUCUCGAGGGUUUUUGGUUUGUUGCUGUCCCGUGUCGAAUGUCAAUUUUUACCGCAAU